AAAGCAAUUUGCUCCCCAAAAUGCCAAAAACUAAACGAAACUGAAGUAUUAAAGCUAACCUUCUCCAACUUAUUCUUUCUUCUCUUUCUCUGUGGUCCUUUCAAAUCCUCUACAUUUCUGAAGAGAAAGAGACAGAGGAAGAAGAAACCCACCACUGAAAGAAAAUCCUAAAAUUUCCUCCUCAUCUAACUCUCUCUCUUCGACGAUUUUAGGGUUUUAUUUUCCACAAUAAACUCCGAAAUGCACAAACUGGGCAGAGGUCAUCGGGACAAAGUUCAGCAGUUCAUGACAAUAACUGGAGCGAGUGAAAAAAUUGCUCUUCAAGCUUUGAAGGCCAGCGAUUGGCAUCUUGAAGGGGCUUUUGAUGUUUUCUACAGCCAGCCUCAGAUUAAAAGUUGUACUGACACUAGACACUUGGAAGAGCUUUAUAACAGAUAUAAAGAUCCCUACACAGAUAUGAUACUGGUUGAUGGUAUUACUCUCCUAUGCAAUGACCUCCAGGUGGAUCCCCAAGAUAUUGUUAUGUUAGUUGUUUCGUGGCACAUGAAGGCUUCUACCAUGUGUGAAUAUUCCAAGCAGGAGUUUUUCAUUGGGUUGCAGGCACUGGGGAUUGAUUCUUUGGAGAAGUUUCGUGAGAGGAUAUCAUUUAUGCGCUCUGAGCUGAAAGAUGAACAAAAGUUUCGUGAGAUAUAUAACUUUGCAUUUGGCUGGGCAAAAGAAAAGGGUCAGAAAUCUUUGGCAUUGGAUACUGCAAUUGGUAUGUGGCAAUUGCUGUUUGCUGAGAAGCAGUGGCUAUUGGUUGACCAUUGGUGCCAGUUUUUACAGGCCCGACAUAAUAAAGCAAUCUCUAGGGAUACUUGGUCUCAACUUUUGGAGUUUGCUAGGACGGUAGACCCUGAACUAUCAAAUUACGAUGCUGAAGGUGCAUGGCCCUAUCUUAUAGAUGAAUUUGUGGAAUACUUGAACGAGAAUGGCACCAUUGAAAAAUGGCCAGCUUAAUAGUGAUUGGAGCCAAAAAAGAUGAAGGGACUGCUGGGUGAUUUAUCACCAUCUGUCGUUAGUGUGAUUUGUGUUUUGAUGCUAAUGUUAAGGAACUGUUUGAUCUUAUGAAAAUAAGAUAAAAAAAAAAAAAAAAAAAAACUUGUGUGGUUUGGUUGAUGAAAUUGUUGAUCUUUCAAAAGUGUAUGCACCUUCUUUUAAAUUAAUCGUCUGGGUUUGAUUAUCGGAUGCUAAGACGGAAACAAUGAAAAAUUUCAAGUGUCUUGGAGUUGCAAUUGCAAA